AUGGAGGACGUGGCCAACGCGCACCUCUACGCCCACGCCCACCGGAGCAAGCGUCCCCCGUCGGCCGCGAUGAAAGACGGGGACGGGGACGGCGACGUCGACUUGUCCCUGAAGGGCGCGCGGUACCGCGGCGUGCGGCGCCGGCCGUGGGGCCGGUUCGCGGCGGAGAUCCGCGACCCGAUGUCCAAGGAGCGGCGGUGGCUCGGCACCUUCGACACCGCCGAGCAGGCCGCCUGCGCCUACGACAUCGCCGCGCGCGCCAUGCGCGGCAACAAGGCGCGCACCAACUUCCCCGGCCACGCCACCGCGGGCUACUGGCCGUGGGGCACGCCGCAGCCGGCGGCGGUCGCGGUCGCGCACCCGAUCAACAUCAACCCCUCCUGCUGCACAACCUCGUCAUGA